AAAAGCAGUUAAAGGAAAGCAGCUAAAGUAAAAGUCCUCCAUCAAGAUGAUUCCCAACUCCUCUAUUUAGUCCCUCCCAUGCUCUCACUCAUCUCACCAUCAAGAUCCAAUCCCCUCUCAAACAUGGCAAAGUACUCUGGCCUUUAUUUGCUUCUUCUCUGCUUUGCACUCUCUCUGGCUAGCAAGGCAGAGCCUGCAGUCACCAGAGAUUCCAGCCCUACCGAUUUCAUCAAAAGUUCAUGCAGGUCCACCCGCUAUCCCGCUCUAUGCGUUCAAUGCCUGUCAGGAUAUGCGAACGCAAUCCGUGGAAGUGAGCACCAUCUUGCUCAAGUUGCCUUAACAGUGAGCCUAUCGCAAGCUCGAUCAGCUGCAGCAUUUGUGUCCAAGCUGGUCAAGGUUAGAGGACUGAAGCCUAGAGAGUACGAAGCUGUGAAAGACUGCAUAGAUAACAUGGGUGAUAGCGUGGACCGGCUUGGUCAAUCGGUUAAGGAGCUCGGCCACAUGGGUGGAACCGUUGGUCAGGACUUUGUGUGGCACAUGAGCAAUGUCCAGACUUGGGCCAGUGCUGCUCUAACUGAUGAGAACACUUGCCUUGAUGGGUUCGGUGGCCGUCAAAUGGAAGGAAAUGUGAAGACUGUAAUUAGAAAUCGAAUCGUCAACGUUGCUCGAGUUACUAGCAAUGCACUCGCUCUGGUUAAUCGCUUUGCAGCAAGACACGGAGCUGCAGCAGCCGCCACAGAGGAACCUCAGGGUUAGUGAAAACCCAUGCACAAAAACAUGGCAUGAACUGAAAUAAUGAUGUUCAUAAGUUUUGGGCUUGAAGUAGGUUUUGUAUUAAAGGUUCUUAACUUGUUUUGAUGCUUGAAGAGUAUAUGUGAUAUAAAAUCAAACUUGAGUUUGUACUAUAUAUAAACUAUUAUGCAAUAUCAUCCUGUUCUACUUCAAUCUGA